UGUUUGUAAACAGACACACGUUGCCGUCGCGAAUUGUUACGGGGCGCUCGCCAUCGGGAUCAGUGUCGCUUGAUCGUCAUAAUUGUUCCUGAGCAAUAAGUGUACGAAAGCGGUUUGUGCGGAACAUCAUGGAAAUGGAGCCAAUGUGCAUCGUCGAGAACGAGACGGAGGGAUCUCGCGGUGAUCGGAAAGAGGGGGGCAAGAGGGGACGCAAGCCUGGAAGGAAGGCGGCGGACAAGGCGGACAUGAAAGCUAAGCUCGAACGAAGCCGGCAGAGCGCGAGGGAGUGCCGUGCUCGCAAGAAGCUAAGAUAUCAGUACCUGGAAGAGCUUGUAGCUGACCGAGAAAAGGCGGUGCUUGCUCUGCGUAAGGAGCUCGAGAUGUAUCGUCAGUGGACGCAGGAAUUGGACGCCGGACAGGUCCCCGAAGGAUUGCAAGCCAUGCUUGAGGAACUCGGCUCGUUGAAACGGGAGGUGCCCGGUAACAACUAGGAAGACAAGGAGACGGAAGGAUAAGGAAGUCACGUGGAGAUCGAGCUGUUCCAUUUAUCUCGUUCCCGAUCAAACCUUACCCUACCCCCCUCCUUCUUCAACCAUAGUCGAGCUUACUUUUCGUCUUAUUCUCCUCUCUCUUCUCUUUCACUGUUCCUUCGAGGCGAUAGGGAAUAAUUGGUGAGGUCGACAUUUUUUUUUUUUUUUUUUUUUUUCUACGUCACUCACCGCUUUUAUCCAAGAGUCGGCGACUCUCUAUCGGACGAACCGCAAGAAAAGGAGAAUCCUAGCAAUUUUUUUGAGAAUAGGUCCGCAUCCAUUCUCGCAAAAAAAGAAAUUCUUCUUUAUUAUCCUUUCCCCUCCCUUCCCGAUUCCUUCACGAAAGACGACGGAAUUCCCCGAUUACCUCGUUACUUCAAGCGUUAUUUUUGUACGUACGUUUUUUUGUUAUAUAUCGUGAUUCGUUAAGUUAAAGCCAUCAUCUUUAUUCUUGUUAAUUAAUAAGGACGGUGGUUGAUCGGUUGCUCGGCUGUCUACGGCCUCACGCUUGGAAAUGUAUCUCCCUCGCACGAUUGUUAACACUUUGAGAAAGUAAUUUAUAGUAUAUAUUGUAUCAUUGUUAUAUACUUCGGAAGAGGAGAGAAAACGGUCUCGUUGUGUAUACCGUAGAAAAGAGUUUAUUAUAUUUCAGUAUUGUCUGUUUGAAAGAAAGAGCGUCGUUGCGGGAGCUUUUCGAUUUUUUUUUGACCGUUUGCCGAUUCGUUUUAAAAAUUUUACCGACACACGGUACCUGUGUGUAUCGUACCGUGUAAUCAUCGUUUUUGUACAAAUUAGCGUCAUUACGAACAACAGAGUCUAAUAGUCGAAUAAAACCGAUAUUUUUCGAUGAAAAACAAG